UGAGGAAGCAGGAAUUCUUUACCUGCACAGGACACAGAUGGAUCUCGUCUUGUAUUUUGUGUGUAUGGUGAGACUUUACAACAGGGUAUUAAUCCAUUAUAACCAUAUGUAGGCAUUCAAAGUUUUUCUUUUCUAUAAUAUAAUCACCAUUUUCCUAGAACUCAUUUCCAUGCAUCCCCCUCCUCCAGGAAGUCCUUUUAUGAUCCUGGAGAUUUAUAAAGAGGGGUCUCUCUGGUGGUCAUAUUCAAUGAAUGCUGCCAUAUUACAGGUGGCCUUGCCUUGAACUUUUCCUCUGGCCAUGCACUGUUGCCUCUUGUUCCUAAAAUUGCCCCAAACCACUGCAGGCCUCCUUAUCUGUUCCUGCACUGGUUCCAGCCACGUUUAUCCUCCUGUGUGCCAGCCUUUACAUCCUGUGAGAAACAAUCACCCAUUUAUUAAAAUUAUUAAAGGUUUAUUAAACCUUAACCAAAAAUACAGCAAAAGGAGUAAAUAAGGAGAAGCAGGCCGGGGAGCUUCCCUCAUGGCUGCCUACCACGUGGCGGGCUCACCUGCAAGAUGGAUGCUUCUCCUUUGAUAGCCCCGGGGGUUGCAUCAGCUAAACCUGGCCCCUCCCAAAGUCUGUCUGCCAACUCUUCUUUGUGUGUAUUGGUGGAGCCUGCUUUCUUGCACCUUGACUGGAGGGCCAGGUGUUGUCAUGCUGCACCUCCCCCCCCAGCAACAAACUUUGUACACCCCUUCUUUGUACCUGUCCUAGAUGACUCAGGCUCUGUGAUGGAAAGAGUACAGAGUGGCAAAAGGGGAUUAUGGGGAGAAGAGGGGACAUCUACACAACAGUCUACAAUAACAUAAUUAUACAUCUAUAAAGCUUCUAUGAAUAUUCAAACACUAUUCAUCCCUUAACUGUGAGGGCAAAUUGUCUCAUUAUCCAUCUGUAACACAUCUUUUUAAGUUUUGGCCACUUUGCUUUUGAACAACUUCAGAAGAACUGACAAUGUUUAUUCUCUAUGUUAUUUAUCUGCCUCCUGCUGAACAUCCCAAACCACCCAUCUGCCUCUCCCACCCCAUCAUUUUCACCACCGUCCUCCCCUGCACAUCUCACUCCUCCCCACUGAAUCCUUCCCUCUGCAGGGAGCUGCUGAGGAGCCUCAUGGUCCAUCCCUGGAUUCUCCAAGCACUAACUGCCCAUCCACGCUGACCACAGCCAGGAGCCACAUCCCACUGCCUGCCCAGCAUCCAUCCAUGGAGGUGAGCACUGUGUCCCCUUUCUUCACCGCACCCAACGAUGGGCCUGGUCAGUGUGACAUCAAUGUUUCCAGCGUGGCCAUGCACCUUGUGACCCUGCUCGUCGGCCUCUGUGGGCUGGUUGGGAAUGGGGCUUUCCUCCAGCUCCUCCACAUUAAUCCCAACACCGACUUUGUCUUCAACCAGGCCAUCACCGACUUCCUCUUCCUCAUCAUUAUGGUCCCCUCCAGCCUGCUCUUCCUUGUGGAGGAAGUGUCCUGCUCUGCUAUAAUGCCCCUUAUGUAUUUGAGUUUUCUUUUCUAUCUGUCGCUGUUCUCCUACACCAUGGGGCUGUACCGGUUGAUGUUCAUCAGCAUUCAGAGGUGCAGGUCCAUCCUAUGCUUGUUUUUCUGUGGUUGCCAACUUCCUGAGCGACUGGUUUUGGUGGUGAUGAGUGUCCUGUUCUGGGUCCUCCUGUUUGUUGUCACCGCUGUCAAUCCCACAGUGACUUCCCAGUGCCAGUCACACGAGCAGAAGCAGUGCCGGGUGGCUCUCACCUCCAUGUAUGCCCUCAACCUCUUCCUAUUUGCUGCACCCAUGGUCAUUUCCAGCACAAUCCUCUUCAUUCAGUUCAAGCCUGGCUCCCAGCAGCAGCAACACAUGAGGCUCGACAUUGUUAUCGUCCUCGUUGCACUCUUCAGUCUGCCCCUCAGUCUCUGGUCUUUCCUGCAGCAGCUCGGCUACACGGCUGUGCCCUCCCAGGUGGUUUUCCUGCUCACCUGCAUCACCAGCAGCAUCAAACCCUUCAUCUACUUCUUGGUGGGGAGCUGGAAGAGAGCCUACUCCAUGAGGGGCUGCUGGAGACACUGCUCCAUGCAGAGCUGCAGGAGGCACUCCUCUGUGCAGUCCCUAAGGAAGGCGAUCCACAGGGUGUUCGAGGAGCCAAAAGAAAACACUGCCCACAGCACUGAACCUACCAUGGACACAGAGGCCUGAGCCUGUUGAUCCCAUCCACUGCACUGCUGAAGGACCCUGGGACAGUGGCUGAGAGAUUCCUUGAGUCUCCUGGUCAGUAAAUGCCCACAGUGUCACCCUCCCUGUGCUGGGGCAUCCCCAGCCCCUUUCCAGGCCGCUCUGGGCUCUGAUCCGUGCUUGUGAGGCCUCAGCCUUGAGGAGCAGCCCCUGGGCUCAGCUGCUCUGGCGCUGAUCAGAAACACCCUCUGCUCCCAGGAACUGCUGCUGUCCAACCACCUCCUGGGCCUUUAUCAACAGCCUUGGGAAUUGUUUUCCUUCCCUGAAGGCCACAGCAUCCCUGCUCUCCCACUUUCCCAGAGAGCUGCCUGCCCGAAGUGUGGCCAGGGUGAAACAUUGCUGUGAGUGACGCCCAUCCCUUGGGGCCUGUGAGCAGCGGCCCAAAAGGAGACCCUUGGAGCUCUCCUGGGCCCAGCAGCGCUGAGCAGAAGCUCCCUGGGAGUGGGGCCUCUCCGAGCUGGGAUCUCUCCCGUCUGCUGCCCUCGGCUGAUCCCCGAACGCCGACGGCUCCUGGGCCGAUCCCCCAGUGCUCCAGGCCCAGCCCUUGGCCCAGUGAGGAGAUGAAAAGGGAUCCACAGGGAGCAUUUGCCCCACAUCCCCUGCAGGCUUGCUAAUCUGUUUCUGCACUGGCUCCAGCCACAUUUAUCAUCCUCUGAGCUCCUGAGGAGCAUGCUGGAGCUGGGCUUUCUUCCUCCCUCCUUGGACCUCCUAUGACCAGGAGGAGCAGAGACCCUGCUGGGAGUCCUGGCUGGAGCGGGGCAGGAUCAGGGCUGUUGGGUGGAAAAUGGGGCUCUGGGGAUGGUCUGGGGUGUUGAAGGUGGUUUCGGAGGGGUCAGGAGAGGCUCAGAGGUGGUUGGAGGGGGUCUGGAUACCAGAAACCCCGUAUCUCCCCACUAGAGGACAGCAGAGCCUGACAAGCCGUGAUUGGUGCGGGGGAGCGGCUCCAUCUGAGAAAGCUGUGGGAUGUGAUAAGAUGGGGUGAGGAUGGAGAGCCUGGAGGGAACGGGGAAUGAGGAGUAGGGAUGAGGGAUAGAAUGGAGAGCAGCUCUGGGUAGUUUGGCCCUGAGCAAGUUUUGGCAAUGAUCAUGGAGGUAUUACCAUAUUGGCACUUGAUUCUGAGAAGCUCCCAGCUGCCUCACCAACACUGCCAGCACUGGCAGCAUUCCAGAGCCGCCAGCACCACCAGCAUCCCUCUGCUUCUGGAGGGACAAUGACCCCUCAGGGAAAAGAAACCAGGAAUGUCAGAAACCCUUCCCUUUUGGGAAAGGGAAGGCUGUCAGAGAAUGGACAUUCUCCUGGGAAGGAGUGUUUCUAAUCAGGAGGAAAUGAGGAGCCAUUCACAAAGACAAAGAGGUUUGGGUUUUUGUGUUUGUUUGUUUGCUUGUUUGUUUUGGUUUUUUUUUUUUUUCCUUUGUACCAAAAACCAUAAGGCUGUUUAACUCUGACCUAGCCAAAGUUGGAAAACCGCUUCUGACUGCCAUGUGACCCCACUGAGUCUUGGAGAGCAACACCAGGACAGGGCACAGAGGGACAGGAGUGGGGAACUCCUGGUGAUCUGGGGACAUCCUUCUGCAUGGUACUGACCUGGGAGGAUCCACUUUGGGAUAUGGAUGCCAUAAGAGCAAGAAGUAUGUGUCUUGCAAUGUAAUAUGUCGUCACAUUUUGGUCAGACAAAACAAUCCCUCUAGGCCUGAAAUUCAAGGACAUUCUACCGCCACCAGCCCAGCAAAGUCAAGACAAAAGUGAAUUGGGGAGGGCAAACUGGGGGUAAAUGACUUCAUUACCUGAAGCUGUAAUUGGAGGAUUAACCCCUGGUUUGUUAAUGGACCAAACUUAUAUCUGUCUGAAAAACUCAUCACCAUUGUCCAUUUUGGGUGUAGCUCCUCUCGGAGGCUUUGACUGCCCACGGUGAACCUUCUGAAGGCCUUUCAGAAAUGCCUGCUUUUAUUCUCUUCCCCUUGUCUGGCCUCUGUCCCUGGGAGCCACCCCAAGGCAUCAGGCAGACAGGGGCUGGAGGGGGCAGGAGGGCUCUGGGUGCCAGCAAUCCCAAAUCUCCCACUGGACAGCAGCAGAGCCCAACAGGCCACACGUGCAGCCAGGGAGUGACCUCUGACUGGGAAACCAUUGGGAUGGGAUGGGAUGGAAUG